AUGAUUGUUGAUCAUGUAGUCUCUCACUUCACCAAUAUUUUUGGCAACAAUAAUGCAGUUUAUGACAAUAGCCUUAUUGAGGAGGCCAUCCAUCCUUUUAUUCAUGAGAGCACCAACAAUCUCCUUACCUUACUACCUUCUAGAAUUGAAACCGAAAAUGUUGUUUUCUCCUUGAAUAAAUAUGGAACACCUGGCCCUGGUGGAUUUGGUGCAUUCUUCUUCCAGACCUAUUGGGAAAUUAUUAAGGAGGAUGUAUUUAAUGCAGUCCUUGAGUUUUUCACUAUCAGCAUUAUCAUGCCCGACAAGAAUGCCAACACAGUUAUCUUGAUUCCCAAGACACCUAAUGCAAAUACAAUUAAUAACUUCAGGCCCAUUGCCAUGACUAACUUCAAGUUCAAGAUCCUCUCCAAGAUUCUUGCCGACAUGCUAGCUCUUAUCAUGCCAAAUACAGUUUCCAAAGAGCAAAAAUGUUUUAUAAAGGGAAGACACUUUAGGGACUGUGUUUGUCUCACCUCCGAAGCUAUAAAUUUGUCGCACAAUAAGUCUUUUGGUGGAAAUCUUGCACUUAAGAUUGACAUUGCAAAAGCUUUUGACACUGUUGAUUAG